UGAAUCAUUAUAUAAAUUUAAGAUAAAAAUGAUCUCAAAAUUUAAAAGUGAGGUCUUCUUUUUCAUCUAUUUAUACCUUCCCAGCAAACACUUCAUUGUUCAACACACUCGAUCGGUGCUGCUCUUCACAUCCACUAAGAUGAGUGCAGAAGGAACAAUGGAAAGUGAACUGCCAUCACAAGAAAAAAUUCCUAAGCUAGGCAAAGAUAACUAUAUGAUUUGGAAAGAGAUGAUAGAAAAGCACUUGAGGCAAAAAAGACUCUGGGGUUAUGUAGUUGGUGAAACAAUACCUGAACAUGAACAAGUUUGGGCAGCUGAACAUGCAAAAGUUCAACAAAUAUUCAAAAAAAAUUGUGGUCCUUGGGUACUUCCAUAUAUUGAAGGAAAAGGCAAAGCUAGGGAUGUUUGGAGUCAAUUGGAGAUCAUGUAUAAGGAGGUUGAUGGGUCAGUACUGCUUAAUCAAAGAGGAAUGAGCACAAAUUACACAUGGUGGCUACCCUUGUACAGAGCUAUUGUAGAAGGUGAUUUAAAGACUUUCCGUCAAUUAGUCUCAAAAAAUAAGGGAGUUCUUACAGUGAGGCUCACAUCAGAAGGAGAGAUUCCUAUUCAUGUGGCAGCUCAACAAGGACAGGUUAAAAUUGUGGAGGAGAUGGUAAAUAUGAUGGAUGAUGAAAAGGAAGUGGCAAGACAGGGAAAAUAUCAAAGAUCAGCCCUUCAUAUUGCUGCCUCAGAUGGAAACAUAUCAAUUGUGAAGGCCUUGGUAGCAAAGUAUGAAGAUCAAGUGAUGCUCAAGAGUGAAUUCUAUGACUAUAACAUCCCAAUUACUAUUGCUGCUAGGGCAGGAAAUAAGAAAGUUGUGGCUUACCUUUACCCGAUCACUCUAAAACAGGAUCAAGCUGAUCAGAAGGCAUUCCAGGAUCAAGUUGAUCAGAAGGCAAUCACUCAACAGGACAAAGCUGAUCAGAAGGCAGAAGAUACCAAAGAACGGGAUCAAACUAGAGCAGCUCUUCUUAUUUCUUUAAUUUUCGGUGAUUUCUUUGAUCUGGCUCUUGAUCUGCUUCAAAAAUAUUCCAAUUUAGUAUUGAUCGAAGAUGCAAACAUGAAUACUGCCUUGGACGCACUAUCAAUGAAGCCUUCUGCAUUCCCAAGUUCAUUCCCUAAAGCAAAGCCAGGUGGGUUUGGGCUCGUUGGAUAUUAUCUCGAGAGUACCAUAUACUCACUUUUAGACAUCGAUGGUGAACACAUUAAUCACUGUCCGACCGGAAGAGAUAUAGAAAAUUCUUCCUAUGCAUCGAGUGACAAUGCUCAAGGCGAAGAUCGCAUUACUCUUCGAUUUUGUAAAGGACAAUCCCUAUGGUUCCAUCAACUAUUGGAGAGAGCACUUAAGCUAGUUCCAAGUUAUGAGACCAUCUAUGAUUUGAGAUUGAAGCAUCACAGGGCUGUAAAGCUGCUAAAACAAAUAUGGAAGCUAAUAUCAGAACUUGAUGAUCUUGAGGUCAUGGAGGAUGAAGCUGUUGAAGCAAUGUUCCGCGCAACUGAGCUUGGAAUAGUUGAAUUCAUCGAUGAGAUCAUCGACAAUUGUCCUCAACUUCUUGCACAAACUUGUCCCUGGUUUAAUUAUGAAGAAGAAGAGAAGGGAAAUAUAGGCCAAACUGUAUUUCAUUACGCAAUCAGAAACCGUCAAGGAAAGAUCUUUGGACGCAUCCAUGAUCUAGGACCAAUGAAGAAUGAUAUCACAAGGUUAGCUGAUAAUUCCAUGAAUCUCAUGUCACAUUUAGCAGCUAUGAAGGCACCUGUGCGUUGUCUCAAUCAAGUCCCAGGUGCAGCACUCCAAGUGCAACAUGAGCUUCUGUGGUACAAGGAAGUGGAAAGGAUCAUGCCUCCAACCUAUGAAGAAUUUGAAAACAAGGAAAAGAAGACGGCAAGAAUUUUAUUCACAGAGGAGCAUCAAGAGCUAGUUAAAGAAGGGGCAACUUGGAUGAAGGAAACAGCAACACAAUGCAUGGUUGUUGCAACCCUUAUCACCACAAUUAUGUUUGCAGCAGUGUUUACUGUACCAGGUGCCAAGGAGAGUGAUAUAGGCAAGCCUAAUUAUAUACAUGACAAGUUCUCCAUAGUUUUUGUUGCAGCAAAUAUACUAGCACUAAGUUCUUCUGUUGCUUCAAUAUUGAUGUUUUUAGCCAUCAUUACUUCACGCUAUGCAGAAGAAGACUUCUUGAAGACAUUGCCACAAAUGUUGAUCUUGGGUCUUUUUUUCCUCUUUCUUUCUAUAGCGGGGAUGAUGGUAGAAUUUGUUGUAGCUGUCCUAGUUUUAGUUCACUACAAUGUUUUGUGGAUUUCCUUUCCUAUUGUAUUUCUAGCUAGUGUCCCAAUUACUAUAUAUGCUUUGGUGCAAUUUCCCCUGUUUAUAGAAUUGACAUUCGCCACGACUAGGUUGGAAGUGUUUGGAAAGGGGAGAAAAAAAUAAGCAUGACCACAAAGUUUAAUGCAAGUGCUUUAAGCAGGGGAACAAGUUGAAAUUAAAGAAUUAAUGAUUUGAGAUGUGAAUUGUACAAUGUACUUAAGUCAUUUGAGUUGAUUGUAAAGAUGUGUAUUAUUAUUGAUAUGUCAUAAUGAAAAAUUUGAAUGUUAUACCUAUCA